AUGCCGCAUCGCAUUGGUCGGGGCUAUCGUCACCACCAGGAUAUCAAACUCCUGCGUCAUGUGUGCAGCCUCCUGUGCCAGUCUCUCAACCCUAAAGACUAUGGGAAUCCGUUCAUCUCGUUGAGCAAUGCGCUCCGAGACCCCGACGCUCUGCUACGUGAAGCAGUCAAGGCACAUGGGGCACACGCGAGUACAGAGGACUUUAGGUUCUUUUACGGAAUCAAAUCAGCAAAUCAUGGCUAUACCGUAGUGAUCAAAGACAACAUCGUGACACCUGAACUACCGACGACAUGUGCUUCAAACACCUUGAAAGGCUUUCUGCCCACACAAAACUCGACAGUCGCAGAUCUUCUCCAAAGAGGUGGGCAGAUAAUGCUUGCAAAAACAAACAUGGAUGAAUUCGGCAUGGGAUCACAUUCAAUCAAUUCUGCCUAUGGGGAGGUACACAAUGGGCCUCUCGCUGGGCCUCAUGGCGGAGCGGCACUGUCGGUUGGAGGAAGCUCUGGUGGAAGUGCCCUUGCCGUGGCCUCAAACCUGGCCACGGUCGGGAUCGGCACGGAUACAGGCGGUUCAAUAAGACUCCCGGCCGCGUACAUGAGCUUGGUAGGCUUCAAACCUUCGUAUGGGAUGAUAUCACGCAAAGGCGUUGUUCCAUAUGCGAACUCCCUGGACACCGUCGGCUUGGUCGCAAAGUUUGUUCCUGAUGUCUGGUUAACAUAUGACAUCUUGACGAAACCAGAUGAAAACGACCCGACUUGUCUGUCCUCCGCAUCUCGCACACGAGUGCGUUAUGCAACCUAUGCCCGCGACACUGCGCUGCAGGGUACCAAGAUUCUCCCAGUCCCAAUGAAUGGGCCCAGGUUUAGUCCUGCUUCUCCGGCGGCCUCAGGACGAUACAAUCCCAGAAAGCAUCCUAUCCUGCCUCGCAAAACAUUGCCGAGGCGCAUUGGUGUGCCUCUCGAAUACAACAUCCAAGAGAUGCAUCCUCUAGUUCGCUGGUCUUGGACAGCUACUUUGAGUCAUUUGGAGAAAGCGGGCUACGAGAUCGUCCCUAUAUCUCUUCCAUCCACCAAACACGCAUUAUCAGCCUACUACAUCCUCGCCCCAGCAGAGGCAUCUUCCAACCUUGCCAAGUACGAUGGAGUUCGAUACGGGAGCAACCGGCAUGGUCAUGUUGAUGACGCCAACGGUACCCUUUAUUCACGAUUCCGGGGGCAAAACUUUGGCCGCGAAGUACAGAGACGAAUCUUGUUGGGGACCUUCAGCUUGAGUGCGGGCGCCAUGGACAAUUACUUUAUCCAAGCACAAAAGAUUCGGAGAAUGGUGCAACAGGAUUUCGACUCUGUCUUCAGAAUGCCGAAUCCGCUCAGGGACGGUACAAAGGUCAACAAGCAAGGCGUGGAUUUCAUCGUAGUGCCGACAGCUCCAACUCCGCCGCCGCGGCUCAAAUAUGUCCGAACUGGAACUCCUCUUGAGUCGUACAUCAACGACGUCUUCACAGUCCCCGCGAGUUUGGCUGGCUUGCCUGCGAUUUCUGUUCCAGGACCACGUCAUCCAGAUAUUCCCUGGCGUCCAGAAGUCGCGGUUGGAAUGCAGGUGAUUGGCCAAUACGGUGACGACUUCAACGUUCUCAAGAUGGCAAAUGACGAGUUGACGAAUUUUCAUCCCGGCGUGACCCGGGUACGUUAUGGAAAGAAUAUUUAA